CAAAUUCUCCUCCUCAUACUUCUUUUCCUACUCCUCUCUCCCCCAUUCCCCCAGAAUGCCGACUGUUUAUAUAUGUUGAAAAAAGCUGAGACUCUUGCAGCCAAUCUAGCUACUUAAUCAAUCACUUCUUGUUGGCUUGCUUGAUUCUUUAGACUAAGCCUCCAUUAUGGCUGAACCUUGUUACUAUAAUUUCUUUCCUGGAUGGUGUAACUUUAUCCCUCAUCAUCCUCACUUCUCAUCAUCCAAUUCAAAUGCAGUGAACAGUAUAUCUUCAAGUGAAAUUGAAUUCUCUCUUUCGCCUCCUUCACCUCCCAGAAAGGAAGCUCUUCCACUUCUGAAUAACCUAAGCUUUAGACCAGAUGAGCAGCAGGACUUCUCAGGCUAUGCUUUGGAGGAUGAUAGGUGCACUAGCACUAAAACUGAGAGUAGUCUUUCAGGAACUCCUCCUCUUCAUGAUUUUGUAACCGUUGCCCUAAACAUAGGGCUUCCAAGCCCUAGUUCUGAUUUAUCCUCCUCUAGGCUUCCUUCUUGUAAUUGGGACAAAAGAGAAAAGGAAGGUGGUAAUGUACUAUCAGAGUUGCCCUUGAACGACAAGCUCAACAAAGGCCAGUAUUGGAUUCCUUCACCUUCUCAGAUUCUCAUUGGUCCAACACAGUUCUCAUGUCCUGUCUGUUUCAAGACUUUCAACAGAUACAAUAACUUGCAGAUGCAUAUGUGGGGACAUGGAUCUCAAUACAGGAAAGGGCCAGAAUCAUUGAGGGGAACUCAACCAACAGCAAUGUUGAAGCUUCCUUGCUAUUGUUGUGCACCAGGGUGCAAGCACAAUAUUGAUCAUCCAAGAACCAGACCGCUGAAAGAUUUCAGAACCCUUCAAACACAUUAUAAGAGAAAGCAUGGGAUUAAGCCUUUCAUGUGUCGAAAAUGUGGUAAGCCUUUUGCAGUGAAGGGUGAUUGGAGAACUCAUGAGAAGAAUUGUGGGAAAAUUUGGUAUUGCAUUUGUGGUUCUGAUUUUAAGCAUAAAAGAUCUCUCAAGGAUCAUAUAAGAGCAUUUGGUCGUGGUCAUGGAGCAUUAGGCAUUCAUGUUUCUGAAGAAGAGGAUGAUUCAGCAUCUGAUAUCGAUCAAGAAAGGGAAUCUCCAGCUUGACAUUAAUUGGAAUUGUUGGAAGUUAAUGGGGAUCCUUGGUUUAUUUUCUUUUCCUUUUUAUUCUUGCCUUAACGUGGUUAGAA